CACAGUCAGCAUACUUUCAUAUGUGUUUCUGUUCUUCGCUUUUAAUUGCUUCUUCCAAAAAAUCUCUCAGAGUACAACAACAACAGCAAACAGCAAAAACAAUAAAUAAAAAGAAACAUGGAUUUUGAGCAUGCCGAUAACGAUAACGACAAUGAGCAUAAUCCGAAUUUAUCCACGGAAAACAGCAACGCGAGCAGCAACAGCAACAACAGCAAUUUACAGGCAGAAGCCACAACAGCAACAGCUGCUGUUAAUGCAACUGCAGCCAGCGGCAGCAGCAGCAGCUCAGCUGCAGCCCUGUUAUUUAACAUAGAGGCUGAACAGGCCGCAACAAACACAAUACAAGAACAAACUGAGGCCGAACAUGAGCAUGAACAUUCACCUACUCCUACUCUACAGCAAACACCACAGGGAGACGGAGCACGCGUCGAGGCAGAGCCAGAACAGGAGCACGAGCAGGAGGAGCAGCAGCAGCAGCGGGAGGAUAACGAGCCGCAGCAGCAGCCGGAGAUAAUCGACGCGGACGCCAUUGCCGACACGAUUGACGCGGGCGCCAUUGACAACGAUAACGACGCCGUCGUGGAGCGCAUUGACGAUUACGACGACGAGGACGAAGGCGACGACGACCUCGAAGCGGAGGAGGAGGUGGUGGAGGAGGAGGAGGCCGACGCAGACGCCGACGCCGACGCUGUCGCCGCAGCAGCAGGAACACCGCCACCAGCCGCUGCCGUAGCAGACGACGCCGCCGCAGCCAGUGGCCAGCAGCGUCUGCAUUCUGUGGCCGUCUUACCGAGCUAUUCCUCGGCGCGUGCCCCACUGCCACCGCUGCUGCGUGCGCCGCGCAGCCAUCACAACAGCAACAACAACAACAGCAAUAGCAACAACAACAAUAACAACAACAACAGCGGCGCCUCCAGCUCGCGACGCACGCGUCACUUUUACAGCAACAACGGCAGCCACUUCAGCAACGACAUGUACGCCGGCGGCCACAAAGGAACCAGCCAGAGCCACAGCCACAGCCACAGCCACAGCUCGUCCCGCUUGGCCAGCGGCAGCAGCGGCGGGGGAGCAGCAGCUGGCGUGGGCGCAGGCGGACGCAGCGCUAACCAAUCGCACCAGGGCGUCGAUCCCUUGCGUCUCCUCUAUCCGAAUGUGAACGAGAACGAGACGCCGCUGCCGCGCUGCUGGAGUCCGCACGACAAGUGCCUGACCAUUGGACUCUCGCACAACAAUCUCCGUGUCACCUACAAAGGCGUGGGCAAGCAACACAGCGAGGCAGCAGGCUCUGUGCGUACCGCAUACCCGAUACCAUCGUCCUGUGGGCUUUACUACUUCGAGGUGCGCAUCAUUUCCAAGGGCCGCAACGGUUACAUGGGCAUCGGACUGACCGCCCAGCAGUUUCGCAUGAAUCGCCUGCCAGGUGGGGACAAGCAAUCGUAUGGCUAUCACGGCUACGACGGCAACUCGUUUAGCUCCUCGUGCAACGGCCAGUCGUAUGGGCCCACCUUUACCACGGGCGAUGUAAUUGGCUGUUGCGUUAAUUUUGUGAACAACACUUGUUUCUACACCAAGAACGGCGUCGAUCUGGGCAUUGCAUUUAGAGAUUUGCCGACCAAACUCUAUCCGACGGUGGGCCUGCAAACGCCCGGCGAGGAAGUGGAUGCUAAUUUUGGUCAGGAGCCUUUUAAAUUUGAUAAAAUUGAGGAAAUGAUGCGCGAUAUGCGCAUCAAUAUCUUGCGCAAAGUCGACAGAUAUCCCCAUUUGCUGGAAACGCCCGAAAACCUAAUGAACAGGCUUGUCUCCACCUAUCUGGUGCACAGUGGCUAUUGCAAGACGGCUGAGGCUUUCAAUGGCUACACAAAUCAGCCCUUCGACGAGGACUUGGCCUCCAUCAAAACACGUCAAAAGAUAAUCAAGCUCAUACAGACAGGCAAAAUGAGCCAGGCCAUCGAGAAUACACUGCGCUCCUAUCCAGGUCUCUUGGAGAACAAUAAAAAUCUUUGGUUUGCACUGAAGUGCCGCCAAUUCAUUGAGAUGAUAAAUGGCGCUGAUAUUGAGCACGCCAAUAACAAAGUAACCGCCACCACACAGACCAUGCCCACAAAUCAAACCUCGGUCAUACAGUCGACCAAGGCAUUCAAGCACAGCAAAUCCGGCGGCUCCGGAACCGGCACCGGCAUCGGCACCGGCAGCACCAACAACCAGCCACAAAACAACACUGCGAACUCAGCUGUGAUAAAACCAGGCGAUAAAACAGAUCCCAAAAUCAUGAUUAUUGAUGACAACUCCAACAAGUGUCCGGAGCACGAUUCAAAUAGCAUGGACGUGGAAAUGGAGCCUUGCAACAGUCACUCCAAUGGCGAUUCCUGUUCUAAUGGCAAUGCCAGCGUAGCACGUAACUCUCUAGAUGCCAUCGAUGAGGAAAUGGAUGUGGACGUGUCGCCCUCAUCGCGCAAUUAUGGGCGUGUCAUUGAAAAGAUUUUGGAAUUCGGCAAGGAACUGUCCAGCAUGGGCCAGCAGCUAGAGAAGGAGAACCUCAUGACUGAAGAGGAGCGUCAAAUGUUGGAGGAUGCAUUUAGCUUGAUUGCCUACUCAAAUCCUUGGUCCAGUCCCUUGGGCUGGCUACUGUGUCCCUCGCGACGUGAGAACGUUUCCACCACGCUCAACUCAGCCAUAUUAGAGUCGCUCAAUUUUGAGCGCCGGCCGCCACUUGAGUAUUUGGUGGCGCAUGCGGCGGAGCUAUUGAAGAUAAUUGGACAGCAUUCGCUGGGCGAGGAUGCUUUCAUUACCAUCGACGAUGUGUUCCCGCAAAAUUGACCCAGUUCGCC